AUGGCACCACCCAAAAGAGCACUCAUCGCUGUAACGUCUGCUCAUGCCCCUCUGUAUCCCGAAGGGCACGAAACGGGACUGUUUAUCACAGAAGCACUGCACCCUUUCGAGGCUUUCGAGAAGGCUGGAUUCGAUGUGGACCUAGUCUCCGAGACGGGCACGUAUAGCCCUGACUGGUUGUCGCAGCAAAAGGAUUGGCUCUCUGGGCAUGACCGCCAGGUGUGGGAGGACCAUUCAAGCCACUUCCGCCACAAAUUGGAUCAUCUCAUGAAACCCAGCGACGUUAUGGCAGAUCAGUAUGGAGUCUUCUUUGCUUCCGCUGGCCAUGCCUCUUUGAUCGAUUAUCCGGAGGCCCAUGGCCUGCAGAAUAUUGCGUCACAAAUGUAUGCAGACGGGGCUGUCGUCUCUGCAGUAUGUCACGGCGGUGCAAUAUUUCCCGGGAUCAUCGAUGAACACACGGGCAAGUCAAUUAUUGCUGGGAAGAAGGUCACUGGUUUCACCACCAAGGGGGAGGAGGAGGAGGGAGUGCUCGAUACCAUCAAGAGCUGGCAUCGCCCCACCAUUGAAUCGUCUGCCAGCUCAGCUGGUGCACAAUACAUUUCCCCACCUGGGCCCUGGGACGUGUUCACUCAAACCGAUGGCAGAAUCGUGACUGGCGCAAACCCUGCGAGUGCUCAGAUGACCGCAAAAGCUGCCAUUGCCGCAUUUGAUGAGUUGUGA